AGGGUUUAUGGCGUUGGUUGAUUAUGGCGCGUCUUCGUCCGACGAGGAGGACGAGCGCAUGGACGCCGUGGAGCCGGCACCUCCAGCACCGCAACCAAUGCCAUCGGCAAUUCCAGCGCCAGAGGAAUCGCGAGUGAGGCUACCGGAUGCGGCACAAGAGCUGGCUGGAAUCGGGGGAAAUCCAAGCAGUGGCAGCAGUAGCGCGAGGAAACGAAGCAGCCAGGAAUCGAAUGGGACGAGACGGCCGCCGUCGCCGCGGAGGAAGGCUGCUCAUAGCAGCUCGCGAUCGUCAGUGGGAUUGCCACCGCCGGACACUGCCGGUGGCCGCCUCAUCCCUCCCCAGCUCCUGCAAAGAAGGAGAAAUGUGGUGACCCAAGAUCUAGACAAGCUGUUCGUGCGAGGAAGAACGAGGCAGCAGUAGAAGAGUAAAAAGCCAAGGUAACAGGGUAACGUUUUUCUACCGUGGUCAGUCGACGAGGUUUCGAAUCGCGCGAAGCCAGUGGAGGGAAAGGAAUUUGUAUUUGUUUUCCUUUUCUUUUUUUGGCAAAAUGUGGGGCAGUGGGUUAAACAAACGGUGUGCCCAUUUUUUAGGGUUAGCUCUCUCAUCUCAUCAGAGGAGCAAAGCCAUGGCGGAAUGGCAUCGUUUAGGUGGGGGUGGGGUAAUCCAUUGGAGCACCAUGCCCUACUAUUACCACCUAGUCUAGUCUCUACGCAACACCGCCACGACGAGGACGCGACGACGACAAGGACGACGGCAAUAAUCUCGUCUAUCUCUUUCUCUCCUCUGGAUUGUCGCCUAUGUGCAUUGCCGCAUCGCGCGAGAUCCCAGUCUCGAUCGGUCGAUCGCGCCUAGAAUUUGCUCCUGCCUCGUGGACGCCGCGCCUGGAAUUUCGAAGGGAAUGAGGCGAUCUGGGAUAGCACGAGAAGGAGGGGAUUAGCGGCGAUGGCGGUGAUUGAGGAGGAGGAGGAGGAGACAAUGGGUGGAAUCUGAGAGCUUCGGAUGGUCUCAGGUAAGGCAGAAAUCACAUGGCAUAUGCUGGAUAUAAGAAUUUGUUAAGUGUUGGUUCUCGGGCAGUACGGUUGGAUAGGCCUUUCUCAGUUGGCACAAUGGCAAAGCCCUCCGUUCCUUCGCCGCCACCGCCACUCGGGGGCCCGCUACUGCGCCCCAAAUCGGCCUCUCCUUCCUCGGCACGGCGCUCCAGCAUUGGCUCUCAAAAAAAUGAUUCCCACAUAUCGGGAAGAGUGCGUGUGGCAGUGCGCAUUCGUCCCAGGAAUGCGGAAGAGCUCAUAGUGGAUGCGGAUUUUGGAGACUGUGUGGAGCUCCAGCCCGAGCUCAAGCGACUACGACUGAGGAAGAACAACUGGGACUGUGAAACUUACCAGUUUGACGAGGUGUUUGCAGAGACGGCCUCCCAGAAGCGUGUCUACGAGGUUGUGGCGAAGCCAGUGGUGGAGAGCGUGCUUGAAGGCUACAAUGGAACGGUCAUGGCCUACGGGCAGACGGGAACUGGGAAAACGUUCACUCUCGGAAGGCUCGGGGAGGAAGAUAGUGCGGACAGAGGAAUCAUGGUUCGGGCCAUGGAGGAUAUUUUGUCUGAUAUUUCUCCAGAGAACGACUCCGUUACCGUUUCCUACCUGCAGCUGUACAUGGAGACGGUGCAGGAUCUUUUAGCUCCCGAAAGGGAUAACAUUCCCAUUGUCGAAGAUCCAAAGACCGGGGACGUGACGCUUCCUGGGGCUACUCUGGUUCCCAUUAUUGAUCACAGAAGUUUCGUUCGUUUGCUACAAGUGGGUGAGGCUAAUAGAUUUGCGGCCAACACAAAGCUUAAUACCGAGUCAUCACGCAGUCAUGCAAUUCUUUUGGUAAAUGUAAGAAAGGUAGGGCGUGCCAAGCCGGACAGGGAAGUAGUUGUACUGAGCGAGAAUGGAAAUUGCGUCCAGGUUGCCAAAGGGAACCGUGUACCAACAAUCCGUAAAAGUAAGCUGGUAAUUGUUGACCUUGCCGGAUCGGAGCGAGUAUACAAGUCAGGUAGCGAGGGACAUACUCUUGAGGAGGCAAAGUCCAUUAAUCUAUCGCUUACUGCUCUUGGCAAAUGUAUCAAUGCGCUUGCCGAAAACAGUCCACAUGUCCCAACGAGAGACUCAAAACUCACCAGAAUCUUGCGAGAUUCAUUCGGAGGGACUGCUAGAACGUCCCUUAUUAUCACGAUUGGGCCAUCUCCACAACAUCGUGGAGAAACUGCGAGUACUAUAAUGUUUGGACAGCGUGCCAUGAAAGUUGAGAACAUGGUUAAGUUGAAAGAGGAGUUUGACUAUAAGGGCCUUUGCCGGCGCCUAGAGUCUGAGCUCGACAAACUUAUUGUAGAGAAUGAGCGUCAGGCCAAGGCCAUAUUCGACAGCGAGGAAGAGCUGGAGAAACGGCUGGAGGAAGCACGACACUGCGUUGCAGAGGCUGAAAAUAAGCUGGCAUCGUCUCUAGAUAGACACAUGCAGAUCGAGAAAGCUAAGCACCAAAAGGAGCUGAUGGAACUAUCGCAAAAGCAUACUCAAGAAGUGGCCGUGCUGAUGCAAACGCUGGCCUUAGAACGAGCUCAAAAGGAUAAUCUGGAAAAGGACUCUUCAAGUAAUGACUCAACUUCACAACCUGACGAGGCCUUGCAACUGAAGCAGCUGCUUAAAAAAGAGUCUCGUUUGAGAGAACAAGCCGAGCAAGAAUUGAAGAUUUUAAAAUCUGGAAAUUCUGCUGUUGCAUCCGAGAACGAAGUCAUACUGAGCCUCCAAACAAGGGUGGACGAAGAAACCAGAGCUAGACACGCGCUGGAAAAGGAGAUCCAGGCUCUCAAACAGCAGCUGCAAGUGAAUGAUGAGGUUGACGAGCCAAGAAAGAGCCCGGAAAGGGAUUCAGGGUCUGGUGCAGACAGUCCAUCCGCUUUACUGAGGCCUCAAAGUGCCAGGAGUGAGAAUGGCGGCGGCCAAAGGGCAACAAUCGCUAGGCUCUUUGAGCAAGUUGGACUUCAAAAGAUACUGUCGUUGCUGGAGUCAGAAGACAUUGACGUGCGAGUACAUGCCGUAAAAGUAGUUGCAAACUUAGCAGCUGAAGAAGCGAACCAAGAAAAGAUCGUUGAAGCAGGAGGGCUGCAUUCUCUUCUGUCGCUUUUGAGAGGUUCUGAAGACGAAACUAUCAGGCGCGUGGCAGCAGGUGCCAUUGCAAAUCUGGCAAUGAAUGAGAUCAAUCAGGAGCUGAUAAUGACGCAAGGUGGCAUUGGGCUCUUGGCCAAGACGUCUGAUGAGGCCGAUGAUCCUCAAACUCUUCGAAUGGUGGCAGGGGCCAUAGCCAAUCUGUGUGGGAAUGAUAAACUUCAAAUGAGGUUGCGAGAGGAAGGUGGCAUCCGGGCUUUGCUUGGCAUGGUAAGAUCGAGACACCCAGAUGUUCUCGCUCAAGUUGCCAGGGGCAUAGCCAACUUUGCUAAGUGCGAAUCCAGAGCCGCUGCCCAAGUGUCUGGAGCUUUUGCAGGCUAUCGGAACGGCCGGUCUCUACUGAUUGACGAUGGAGCAUUGCCUUGGAUAGUGGCAAAUGCCAACAAUGAAGCAUCUCCGAUCAGGCGGCACAUAGAACUCGCGCUAUGUCAUCUGGCACAACACGAGGUGAAUGCCAAAGAUUUGGUCGCAGGCGGCGCUCUCUGGGAGCUCAUUCGCAUUUCGAAGGAGUGCUCUCGGGAAGACAUCCGCAACCUCGCGUUUAGAACGCUGAAUGCCAGCCCAACGUACCAAGCCGAGCUGAGACGACUGCACCUAGCAUACUGAUUGAGAUUGAGAUUUUUGGUUCGCCACCUUUUCUCGCGUGUAAGUAUACACUUUUGUUCGAGCAGCACAGCACAGCCCCAUGGAGCAAAGUUUUGGACAUGUUCAUUUUUUGGUGAAGAGAAUACAAAAGCAAUGGAUUGUAACUCCUUUGAAAA